GCAUUAUUAAGCUUUCUCUGUGGCAAAGUCGUUGUCCGUCGCAGCUGAUUGGCUAUGAUGCUGCUGACGUUCCUGUUGUUUGACUUCACAGUUUGAACUUGAACGGGACUUUCGUUGAAAUGGGGAGGUAGGGUAACGUGGCUGAAGAAUGUGGUGUAAAUGACCGGAAAGGGUUUCCUGUGUAUUGCUUGGGCUGUAUUGCUUGGCUCCAGUUUACGUUUUAGAAACAAACAACGGAAUUAAUUCACUCAUUUUCACGCUGUGAAAAGUUCAACAUUUGGUUCACCCUGAAGAUAUGGCACUGAGUGGAUGACUGAUUUGCGGUGUUCAGGCUUUGGAACUGUUAUGGAUAAUGAGGGAACUUUGUCCCUGAGGCAGCUGGUGGAAGCUGUAACAGCAGAGGCGAUAUGGAGGCAGGAGGAGCGCCUGAGAGCACUGGAAGCUCGUGUGGACUCCUUGGAAGAAGCAAUUCAUCGAGCACUGGAGACAGUAUUUCCACGUGUGGAUGCUCUUGUUUCCCAACUAGAAAAGCAAGGUUCCUGCCCUACUAGAGGUUGUUCAUCCAACUCUGAUUCUGUCCUGUCGGAACAGUUGGCCCAAGUGUCCAUAUCUUCUGUACGCACAGAAGACAAUACUGGGUCUGUGCCCAUUCAGUCGACAGCCUCCAUUGCCAAUUCAAACAACCAAAAUAACCAUCCUCCUGCGUAUGACUCUCGCUUCAGCCCUUUUCCAACAUUUGCUUCUGCCUGCUCACCAGUCUCCUUUUCUACAUCUCCUGCUUGUGUUGGCACUUCCAGUUCUCCCGCUGUUCAGGUGCCUCUCAGCACACCUGAGAGUCCUUCGGGUUCCAGCUUCACUUUUGCUCCUUGCUCAUCUGCUAACGUUGCCAUUCCUAUGCCUUUUGUUCCAAACUCUUGUUUUCCUCCUUUUUCUCAGGUUCCAGCAAACACAAUUUCUUCAACUACCGUUGCAAGUUCUACCAGGUUUUCAUUUCCUUUAACGGCUUGUUCUCCAACAUUUUCUCAGCCAUCUGUUAACUCCUCUUUUAACCCCAUUUUGUGUUCUGCUCGACCUCCUUUGUCUUCCAGGAUUGUCAGUUCUGAUCAGCCAGUUCAUUUGGCAUCCUUGGUAACUACAACCUCUGCCUCUUUGCCAUGUAACACAAGUACUUCUUGGACGUGCUUUCAUCCAUCCCUGUCACAAGAUCACUUUAGUGGAGGGGUCACAUUCUCCACCAGUUCACCAUCAGACAUUCAUUCACCUCUUCCUUGUGUUUCUACUGGUAUUUCCUCUACUUUUACUACUGUGUCCUUGCCUUCUUCCUGUAUUUCCUCAAAUCAGCUCUCGCCAAUUGGCAGUGGAGGAUUAGGUCAACUCCAUUCUGCCCCAGAUGUCCCCAGUGCUGGUUCGUUCCAGAAUGUCAUCCAGAUGAUGCCUUCUUCAAAUGUUCAUGUGCCUUCGUCAUCCCCCUCCAGUUCCUCUCCUACUCAACAGGUCAUCUGUUCACGUGCAUCAACAAGAACUCCUAUUGCUUCUCCACGCAGUGCAAUGAGUUCCUUUGCCUCUACUCCUUCCUCUUUUCUUCCUUCUGUUUUACCAAUCCACGCAAACUCAUCCCCUUCUGAUAGAUCUGCACGUUCCUAUCCCACUGUUUCUGUCAGUCGUUUUCCUUCAACCCCAACUUCUUCUGUCCCUUCUGUUUUUAGUGUGCCAAAUGUGUUUGGCCUAUCAUGCGUACCAUCUGCCUGGCGUUGAAGUUCCUAGAGUGGGUAUUUAGCACAUCCUUGUGGACUUUUGAAUAAAUAUGUUUCACUAUGAAUAUUUUCUUGGUACGUUCAAAUCCAGUUAAAAUCGGUCAGUAUUAAUGCAUUAGGUUUUCAAAAUGUGUUAAUUUAUUAAAAUAUUAUUCAGACAAUAUUUCACUGGAUGCACUUGUUAAAAUCUUCUGUGUCUUCAUUACCUCAUAGGCUUCAAUUUUCUGAUAGCUUUACUGAAUGUCUAUCUUGUGCAUCCUUGUGUUGAAUUCACUGACUUCUACUUUUAUCUCAGUGUUUGUAGUCUGUUUGCGAAGAGGUGGUGUUCCUAGUUCUCCUUAAUGGAAGUUGAAGAAAGACACUACUGUUGUCUCAUGGGCAUUAAAUCUAAUUGUAAGAAAUGUGUUAUGAAAGAUUUGUUUUUUACUACAUAGUGAGCCAUUCAUGUGGUGAGUGAGGCCAGUGUAAAAGAGAUACUUGAGCAUUUUCAUUCUGUUGCAUAAUUUUCAUAUCUCAUCCAUUACCUUCUGUAAUAUAUUAGCAUACGUUUCAAGAAAAUAAUUUUAGAACUGAGCAAGAAAAUUUAAAUGUGAUUUUAAAUUUAAAUAUAUCAUUUUAUUUUAACAAUUUUUUAUAUGGUUCCCUAUAGACAUUGGAUGGCUUGUGUACAUUUUUAAAGAUAUGUGAAACUGGUUACUUUUAUAAGACUGUGCUAUGCAUGUUUUGGAUUUUUUAAAUUGUUAGAUCAAGAUUUUAUGAUAAUAAACAGAAUUUGGAAGAUUUUAUUUUUCUC